AUGCUCCGGAAGAAGACUCUGCACCCGCCUUUACUCUUCUGGAACCACACUCCCAGUGCGACGCCUGAACUUUCCCCAACGUCUUCGUCGUCGGAUAGCGAGUCGGACGAGGACAUGGAGCCCGCUGGUUCGCGUCCGCUGAGUCUGACCGUUCCUUCGGGCGUGUUCUGUCCCAUGCGGCCGACCCUGGACGAGGUGCUGGCCAACACGGCACCCCCGCCCUACACCUUGAGCGCCUUUAUGGCCUACCUCUCGCAGAAUCACUGCCUGGAAACUUUGGAAUUCACCUUGGAAGCCAAGCGCUACCGGGACACCUACCUAUCUCUUAGCCACCAACUGAACCAGUCGCCGAUCGCCGUCGAUGGCCCCGAAAGCCAGCAUCUGCGUAUGCUGUGGCAGCGGCUCCUCACGGCGUAUAUCAUCCCCGGCUCUCCCCGCGAAAUCAACGUGUCCAGCGAUGUUCGGGAUGACAUCCUUCGCUACGCCAAUUCGCCGGUCCCCCCUUCCCCCGAGAUCCUCGACGCCGCCGUCAAGCUAGUCCACGAAUUGAUGGAGGAGUCGAUCUUUAUCCCGUUCCUCAACGCUCACUCCACGUCCACCCACGUCUUGCCGCUCUCGGAGCCCCUGUUUAGCCAGGAUGACGGAGUGACGGUCGUGUCGGGCGCCAGCUUUGAGGAGCACGCCGUCAAGCGGGGCCGAUCGAAGGGGCGCCGACCAUCCCCUCCGACAUCGAAGGAUUUGGGAUCCCCCAUUUCGCUCGGGUCGUCCGGCCACCACAGUCGCCCGAAUUUCUCGUUGAGCGCCAUGACUUCGAUGGGCAAGUCCAGCCACCGCAGCUCGGCACCGGUCUCGAGCGCCAGCAACGACUCGGGGUCGGGCACGCUGACCGACGACUCGGGGAGUUUGCAAUCGAACACGAGCCUCGGCGAGCCCAUGACGCCGCCCACCACGCCGCCGUCGAGCGAGCCGAACUCGAUGCACUUGUCCCACAGCCCCAAAAACCGCACCGACAACCCGUGGAAGAAGAUGGGCAUGAAGCUGGGAUUCAAGAAGCGAUCGGGCAACGGCAGUUCGGGCAGCAUGAAGAUGUCCGGCAUGGAAUGA